AUGAUAACACCAACACCUGAAUUAUCCGAGUCAUCGGACUGGGGUGGAGCUACUCCCGCCGAUACGGCUAGUAGAAAUACAACACCUUCAACCUUUCCCCUAGAACAGAAGGCCCCUCCGAAGACCUGGGCGACAAUUGUCGAGAGCCAGACCCCAGCGCCAGUCGACACAAAACCUGCAGUAUCCACAAAGGAAACGCCAAAGAGGCUUACUACGCCGAAAGCUCGUAUCGUCUUGCUUCAUGGACGUCCCAAAGAUAAACAAACGCCAUUAUAUUUGAUUGCAGACGGUACCGGAUCAAUUGCGACCUACAUUCACCUGCCACCCUUUAACACCAAGUCCGCAAUUUACGGAGUCGAGUCGCCCUUUACCAAGUUUCCAGAGCUGAUGGCUGGCGAAAACGGUAUUCCCAACGCGGCAAAACACAUCGUCGAUGCCGUGAUGGAAUCUCGGCCAGAUGGACCGUUGCACCUGGGUGGGUUCUCCGGUGGCGGCAUGUUAGGUUACGAAGUGUGCCGUCAGCUGGCUGAUCUGGGCCGCCGAGUCGAUGGUUUGUUGAUCAUUGAUAUCUGCGCACCCCGAACCCAGAUCGAAGCCAGCCUGGUUAAAGUGAAGCCCGAGGACGGUUGGAAAAUGUUCCAGGCCAUGGCGGCAGAGGACCAAUUUUGGAACUCAAACUCGCAAUCCCCGCCCAUGCAGCACCUGUUGGGCUUGUUCAAAGCGGUGGCCAGCUACCACCCCGAGCCCAUGACCGAAAGGCAGCGACCGAAGAAGACAAGCAUCAUCUGGGCCGAGAGAGGCAUGGGUCGUCGGUGCGAGGAGAAACCCGAGCUGAAACGCAAAAUGUUGGAUAUGGGGUUCCCUGCCGAAGCUUAUCCGGGGUUUAUGGAAGAUCCAAAACUGGGUGCACUUGCCUGGGGCUUUGUUGACGAGCGUGGUUCCGAGGGUGCGCUGGGUCCUAAUGGUUGGGACAGGUAUGUGGGAAAUGUAGGUCAAUGUUUAUCGGUGGACGCAGACCAUCUUAAUAUGCCCAUGCCUGGCCAUGUGCAUCUUAUGAGGGCAAAGAUUGAAGAGGCGCUUGCCUAUUUUAACUUCCCCACAGAGGAGUAA